AAGCAUAAAAUCUUAAAAACAAGAAAUAAGUAAUUUUAUUUUUUAAAAUAAAAUGGAUAAAAUCACUUUUUAUUAUAAAAUACAUAUACAAUUAACUUCAUUAACAUCUAUCUCUAAAUUUAUAUUAUUUCUAUAAAUGACCUCAGGAUGAUUCCAAAAAAUCGUCAAAAAGUAUACUUUACAACCAAUUGACGUUAAAAGAAACACGCAUAGAAAAUUCCUAUCGUAACCUGGUAAAAAUUGCAUAUGAAAUGGCGUGCCGUCCAACAAUACCUCAUACUCAUUUUUCUGUUCUUGUGAGGUGUGCAAAAAUAAGUGGCGCAAGCUUGAUAAGACGCAAAGAAAAUGGAUCCACAGGCAGAGAAAUAAUUAAAUGUUGUGCAGACGUCGUCCGUGAAAAAUGUGCUGAAAUUCUCAAGUUGUGCAACUUUUUUUCUAUUCUUAGCGAUGGUAGUCAGGCUAGAAAAACGGGAAAGGAAAAAGUACUAGUUUUGGUUCGAACAGGCCGCAAUGAAAUACCUAUUUACAUGGUCACGGAGUUGUUGGAUAUGUCCCUAUUCGGUGGUAGUGAUUCAAAUUCAUUAACUACUGGUAUAAACAGUGUAUUUGAAUCAGACAAGUCAUUAUUUAGAUUAAGUAAAGAACAUUAUACCAACAAAGUUAUAUGUGCAACUGCAGAUGGUGCAAGCGUAAACUUUGGUGCACAUAUUAAUGUACUGUCACAGAUGCAACAAAAUCGUCCCUGGUUAAUUAAAAUCCAUUGUAUUAAUCAUAGAAUUGAAUUGGCAAUAAAAGAUGCAUUUAAUGAGAUACCUGAUUUUGCACACAUUGACGAAUUUUAUCUAGCUAAUUACUACCUAUUAAGAAACUCAGGUAAAUUAAAAGCGGAAGUUGAAGCAGCAUUAAAAUGCCUUGAUAUAACGCAUUACAAUUUACCGAAAAUAACAGGAACGCGAUUUGUUGGACAUAGGAGGAAGGGAGUUUUUAAUAUGUUAGAAACAUGGCCAGCUUUUAUUAUGGCUUACCAAAAUUAUGCAAGCGAACAGACAAAUAAAAACACUGUAUCUAAAGUAAAAGGCUUGUUAAGGUCAUUUAAGUGCCACUCGUUCCUUUAUAAAGUAGGUUUAUAUCUUGAUUGUUUGGAACUAAUUAUUCCUGCAUCUAAAAUUUUUGAAACUAAUGAGCUAUUACCUCAUGAAAUUCCCGCAACAAUCAAUCGUACUAUAUUAGAGAUUGAAGACAAAAUUUUAUCAAUUGGAAAAGACGACGAGUUUUUGGACAGUUAUAUAAACCGUUACAUGGUCACCAACAAUAGUGAAAUCGAAGGUUCAUUUGCUAAAGCUGGGGAUAAACGAAAACAUGCAGACAAUCGUACAUAUGUUAACGUAAUGCUGGAAAUGAAUAGUUUUGUUCAAAACGAAUCAAUUGAGCAAAUUCGUCAAAUUAAAAGAACAAUUCUUUCAAAACUUUCAUUGUUACUAUCAAGUAGAUUUAAAGACUACUCUAGAGAGCUUAUACUUUACAGAAGUAUGAAGUUUAUUGACCCAAUUCAUUGGAUAAAGGAAGAUUCAGACUCCAGAGUGCAAGAAAUAAACUAUAUAAGCGAUCAUUUUGAGACACCAUUAAAAAACGCUGGUUAUCAAAGAGAUGUUGCUCUUAGGGAGUGGAAAAAAGUAAAGCUGCUAGUUCGAACUGAGUUUGAAUGUCACCCAGUUCGUAGUUUGUGGGAAAUUAUUUUCAAAAAAUUUAUUAUUGAAUUUCCAAAUGUAUGUUGCCUGGUAUCGCUAGUCAUGUGCAUAUCUGGCUCAAACUCGCAAGUAGAAAGGACAUUUAGCACUGUCACAAAUAUUUUAACUGAUAAACGACUCUCCUUAAGUCACGAAGCGCUUGCGGAUUGUGUUGUUAUUCAUGGAAACCAUAGUCUUUGGACUAAAGAAGAUUACAAUGAUUUAAUUGAGCGUUCUCUCGCAAAGUACAUGAAAAAGCGUAGAAAAUGCAUUAUUGUCGAUGAUGAAAAAAAUCAACUAAGCUUAGAAGACUAUGAUUCGCUAAUCGAAACAAGAAGCGAUGAAGACAUUGAUAGCGAAGAUGAUAUUUUGACCGACAAUCUUCGAGAACUAUAUAUAAAAUAAAAAAUUUAGUAUAAAAGUUUAUUUAUAAAAUAAAAUUAGUUCUCAUAUUUAA